AAACAGAAUAGUCACCGUGCCACAAGUUUUUGGUUCCAAGUUGAAAAAUUGCACUUUGCACAGCCACAGCAGAGGCAUCAAGCAGCAUUGAACGGUGAUCACACUUUGCGUAUCGAUUGGAGACGACUCAUUCGAAGAACAAGAAAUGGCUGUGACACCUUUACUCUCACGCCGCUUCUUCAAAAAACAGUUUCCCCUCUUCUCCUUCUAUUCCUCAUUCUCCACCACCACCUCAUCGCCGCCGCCUCCCAUCCGAGUCGCGCUCACCGAGUCCGUGGGCCGCGCGGUCUUCGCCACUCGCCCCAUCGCCUCCGGCGACCUCAUACACACGGCCACCCCCACUGUCUGCCACCCCUCCUCCUCCUCCGCCCGCGCCGCCUGCUACUCCUGCCUCGCCGCGCUCCCCCACUCCCAAUCUCAGGGUAUCCCCUUUUGCAGCCAACGCUGCCACCAACGCUCCAAGGGAUAUUACGAUGUUGAGAUGAAAGCGAAUUGGGUGGCUUUUAAUGACUAUUGCUGGACCCGUGGUUUGAAAUAUCCCUUUCUGGUAAAGCGAUUGGUUUGCAUGGUCAUAUCAGGAGAUGCCAGAAGUGACACUCUUGACAUACUUCAGCCUGCCAAUUUGACGCCUGAAAUGGUUUUAAAGAUGGAAGAGGAGUUUCUCUUGCUAAGGAAUGCCUUCACAAAGGCACUUAUUGCAGAUGAACAUAUUGCCUUUUUAACUAAGCAAUGGUACAUUAACAUUUUGGCACGGAUUCGAAUUAAUGCAUUUCGCAUUGAGUUGGCUGGAGGACUAUAUGAAGAUCUUCUUGCAUCAGCUGUUGCAUCUGUGGAAGCUGAAGCUGCUGUUGGAAAUGCUGUUUAUCUACUUCCAUCCUUCUACAAUCAUGAUUGUGACCCUAAUGCACACAUUAUAUGGAUAGAUAAUGCAGAUGCAAAAUUGAAGGCACUCCGUGACAUUGUUGAAGGUAAUAAUCCUACUUUGCUGCAACAGCUUAUUACCAAGCUUAAUAAUGCUUUCUCCCUCAAAGAUCUUGGUGGCCCUGACUAUUUCCUUGGAAAGGUCAAACAUCAACCUGGUGGGUCUCUUAUCCUCACACAAGCCAAAGUAUAUUCAGGAUCUGCUAUCCAAAACUAAUUUGUCUGAGGCAAAGCCUAUCUCCUCCCCUAUGGUAACUUGCUGCAAGCUAACAAAGCAUGGUACUGAAAUUCUUACUGACCCUUCCAUGUACAGAUCAGUUGUGGGUGCUCUGCAAUAUGCUACUAUUACCAGACCUGAGAUAAGCUUUUCUGUCAACCAAGUCUGCCAAUUUAUGAGUCCUCCUCUUGAAGCCCACUGGGUGGCAGUUAAAAGGAUACUGAAGUAUCUCAAGGGAACCAUUUCAUGGAGGUUGCAUCUGAGCUUGCGAGGGAGUAUUAGAGUGAAGAACUUAGAAUCUGCUAUAUUGAUGCUAGCCUGGACCGGAAUGCUCGGCAAGAGCUACUGUCUCGAGGUUUUGGUUUUCAAUGCAAUUGUAGUAGGUGCUUGCAUGGCGAUUAGUUAUUCUUCUCUUAUGUUUUCUCGUGGAUUUUGCAAUAUGUAGUAGUCGUGACAUUGCAAAAUUUCCCGAGUUAUGUCAGGUACAUUUUUUGGGGAAGAUUUGCCCCAUUGUGUGACUGCGACGAUGUAGUUGUUCUUCGUACGAUUUUACUACUAAAGAAUGCUGGGAGGAAAUUUUGAGUUUGCCCUAACUAUAAUGGAGAAGAGACAAAAAUAUUAAGUAUUAUAUAAACAAACAACAACAAUUGCCAAGGGAUAGGUUACC